GGCCAGAGAACCAUCCCAGAUCCAGAACUCCCAGCAGCAGAAGAAGAAGAAGCAGAAGAAGAAGAAGAAGAACCCAGACCAGCAGAAAGUAUGCAGUGCGUUCGUUUUCCUGCCAUCUUGGUCGUCGUGGCGUUGGUUCUGUUCGGCCCGGGUGUUUCCUCACAGGCCGACAGAGACCAGGACCAGAACCAGGACCAGUAUCAGAACCAGGACCUGGACCUGGAUCUGGAGUUGCGUCACCAUCGUCUGCUUCAACGUGCUCGCAGCGCCGGACUCCUGUCACAGGACUGGAGUAAACGUGCGGUCGAGGACCUGCUGGCUCAGAUGUCUCUUCCUCCCAACACCGCCCAGCGCGACGCAGAGGUAGUUUCCAUGGCAACGGGAGGGAAGACUAACCUGGAGCGAUCCAUCGACCCCCCCAACAGCCUGCCCCCCCGCGAACGCAAAGCCGGGUGCAAGAACUUCUACUGGAAGGGCUUCACUUCCUGUUAAAGCCCCGCCCAGCUGACCAACCGGCCGAUCACCUGACCUUCCCCUCUGCGACUGGAUGGACCAAUCAGCAGCUGUCCUGCUGCACUGUACCUGAAUAAUUUAUGUAAUUAUCAAUAAAAAGAGA